AUGUCGUCAACUAGCCAGCCUGAUGAGGUUCUGCCGGGUGGUUCUUUAAAGACGCCGAGUUAUCCCAGUAACUGUCUCGCGUUUUUGAACUCCCCGCCAACAGUUCUGCCAAGCUCGACAGCGGCAGUCCGUUUGAACAUUAUCAUCGUCGGCGCAGGACUAGGUGGUCUGGCAACUGCCAUCGCCCUCGGUAGCACCGGACAUACCGUCACCAUUUACGAGCAAGCUGCCGAGCUUGGAGAGGUCGGCGCUGGCAUCCAAAUUCCCUCCAACUCAACCCGCCUCCUCAGCAGACUUGGGCUAGACCCGUAUCUUGAAAAAUACGUGACAGAGCCUGAAACAAUCUCCUUCCGUCGCUGGGAUUCCGGGAACGUAAUCGGAUUGACUAAGCUCAUCCCUAAUUUCCGAAAAACAUUUGGUGCACCCUACUAUGUUAUUCAUCGAGCGAACUUCCAUACGGCGCUGCACCGGCGCGCGUUGGAUCUGGGUGUGAAGGUUAAGCUUGCGGCGAGAGUAGUCAAAUAUGAGCCUCAAGAAGGGAGGGUUACUCUUGCGGAUGGCUCGGUUGUGUUGGGAGAUUUGAUUAUCGCUGCUGAUGGAGUCAAGUCUAUUGCUCGCAAUCUAGUCGACGACUCAGGCCGUCCACCCUUCGAACAGACAGGCUUUGCAGCAUACCGUGCAACAGUUGACGUUGCCAAGAUGAAGGCUGACCCAGAGAUCUCAUGGCUCCUUGACCGGCCAAAUCUGAAUAUCUGGAUCGGAGACCAACGACACGUCAUGACCUACACCAUCGGCGCAGGCAAGUCCUUCAACAUGGUUCUGUCGCAUCCUGAUGAUACAAACCCGUCAACCUGGGAUCAGUCCACUGCUCUGAGCGACAUGAAGCGCGAGUUCCAUGGGUGGGAUUCAAGACUCGAGAAGAUCAUCGGCAUGAUUGAAAACACCAUCAAAUGGCCCCUAGUCAGCGGCACACCACUAUCACGCUGGACAACCGGCCGUCUCGUCAUCCUCGGCGACGCAGCACACGCCAUGCUUCCAUACAUGUCCCAAGGCGCAGCAAUGGCCGUUGAAGACGGUAUCGCCCUCUCCCGCACCCUCACAAAAAUCACCCACCCCACCCAGCUCACACACGCCCUGCACAUCUUUGAGAAAGUACGCAUCUCACGCGCCAGAAAAAUGCAAGAAGCCAGCCUUCUAAAUGGCAAAUUAUGGCAUUUCCCAGAUGGACCGGUACAAAGGGCUCGAGAUGCAGCAAUGAAGCCUGAGACGGUGGGGGAGGUGGUGAGUCAUAGCCCGAAUCAAUGGAGUGAUCCGGCAACGCAGAUGUGGGCGUAUGGGUAUGAUGCAGAAGGGGAAGUUGAUCGAGUUUGGGGGGAGGAGGGGAUGGUUAGAAGUCAGUUGUGA